UGAGAGUCAGUUACCCAUAGAAAGAGUGUGUUACCCAUAGAAAUAAAGACUUUCUACUUUCUUUUCGUCUUUAUAUCUAUGGUGUUACUGUUACUCAAUUGAUUUCCAUGGCACAAGUUUGAGUUAAGCUGAUUUUGCAAAUUGGUUAUGUUCCAUCAUAAUGAUUAAUAAUAAUGGUGCGUUGUUGCUCCAGACUUAGUUUGAGAAAAAAAAUAUGAAGAUGGAUGCAGCAACACAGAAGUUUUGCCUUCAGUGGAAUGAUUUCAAAGGAAUUGUAACCUCAGCACUUUACAGUUUGCGAAAUGAUGAAGACUUUGUUGAUGUGACCCUUUGUUGUGAAGGAAGACAAAUAAAAGCACACAGAAUGAUGCUUUCAGCAUGCAGCCCCUACUUCAAAGAGGUGCUAAAGGGAAACCCAUGUCAGCAUCCAGUCUUUUUUCUCAAAGAUGUGUCCUACUUCGAUAUAUCUUCAAUCAUUGAGUUCAUAUACACAGGAGAGGUCAAUGUUGGCCAGAGCAACCUGUCCAGCUUCCUCAAGACAGCCGAAAUGCUGCAAGUUAAGGGUCUGGCAAACCAGGAUAAGGAGGAAGUCACCCGAUCAGCUCAGCAGGGUGUGCGAUCUACUACGGAGCGGACAGCUGCGUUCACCUCUCCUGCCCGCCCGAGCGCGGCGCCUUCCAAACGUCACACGUCCACGGGCGACCCCCUGGCGUCCCCGUCUGCCGGUAAACGUGUACGGGUAGAGCCGGCAGCGGGCGGCCGCGUGAUGCCGCCGCCGGCCGGCGAUCACGGCCGAGUGGUCACCACCGAGUGGUUGGUACACACACAGCCGCCGCCGGCAGCCGUCCCCAGCGCCAGCCCGGCCGGUCACCACAGCGUGGCGGUGAAGAGAGAGUCAGCAGCGCCCGAAGACGGCUCUGGUGCAGGAUCGGCCCUGGAAGCAAACAACGACUACUCAGGGACGAUGGACUUUGAAGUGUCCCACCAUUCGUUCGAUGGCGGCCCCGAGGACGCACUAGGAUCGCAAAGUGGAACGUAUUAUGGCGAUGAUGGAUCUUUAGGCGCGGCUGAGGAGGCCUGGACGAUGGACCCCGGCGUCCUGUCAGCGCUCACUCCCCGGACUUCUUCAGUCGCCUCCCGCCGCCCGGUCGCCUGCCGCUACUGCGGCAAGACAUACUUGCACCGGCAGUCACUGUUUAACCACGUCCAGAUGCACCUGGGCAAGACGCGCUGCACAGUGUGCGGGGAGACCCUCUCGACUGUGAUCACGCUGAGGAACCACAUGCGGACCCAGCACCCGCUGAAUGACGGCGAGAUGACGGCCGCUGGCGAGGGGUCGUCAUCCGAGAGACAGGCGAUGGCCGCUGGCGGUGGGCCGCCCUCAGAGAGACAGGCGAUGGCCGCUGGCGAUGGGCUGCACUACGAGAGACAGGCGAUGGCCGCGGGCGGUGGGCCGCCCUCAGAGAGACAGGUGCCGGGCUCGUGCGCAGUGCUCUCCGAUGGCAGCGACAAAUGUCAGAGCUAAUUUCGGGUCAGAGCACCCGUCCUCUCUAAGCACAGAGAGGAUGAGUGAGUUGAGACAUGAGAAGCUAAGAAGCUCUUCCUCCAUGCUGUGCAUGAAGGAGAGGUUCGUGGUGACGUUCAAAGAAUUGCAUUUUGUUAUCGUCGAGCUAUUUUUUUUCUGUUCCGUAUUUUGUUAAGUGUCAACACCAAACGGUGCUGAUGGAGACGGAAAUGUGGGGAAGACGCUGCUUGUCCUUAUUGAUGUCGAUCCCUGGGUCCAGGCCGCACCAGGCUUGACACCGGUUGUUAUUCUAACAUGCAAAUGUUAUAUUUAAGCGAUCAGUGAAUUCGUACACAAAUUAACAUCAAAUGUCUGAAAGGAAGACCGGGUUCGUCUGAUGACUGAUUCAGCCCGUUGCUUUCGACCACCAAACAAGAUAACUUGGGCAUUAUCUUAUCAAUUAAAGGCCGAUAGAUCCGCGUUCUAUGUAUUCAUUUAUGAUUUGUAGACAUGUUCUUGUUCUAAUUUAACAUAUAUUUUGUCAAUUGCAUAUCUACAUAUGCAAAUGCAGUUGCAUAUGAAAAUGUUUGUUGGUCAGUAGAGUCUCAGCAACCAGCAUGUUCGUUACUCGUUAGUACGUGCAGCACUAGCAGGCUGUUGUGUGUAAUCUAUUAUUAUGAGCGUGUCAUCAGAGCAAUACACGAUUGAUUUGCAUUA